AUGGGCCCCUGUACCGCCUCCUCAUGCUGCUGCCAGGCCCCUAAUCUGCCAUGGGCCCCCGUACCGACUCCUCGUGCUGCUGCCAGGCCCGUAAUCUGUCAUGGGCCCCUGUUCCGCCUCCUCAUGCUGCUGCCAGGUCCAGAGUGUGUCAUGGGUCCCUGUACGGCCUCCCAUUGCUGCUGUCUCCAUCGCCACACUCUGCCAUGUGCCACUUUCAGGUCUCCUCACACUGCUGGUGGGUUCCAUUUUGUCAUAGGGGUGCUGUAUGGCCUCCCAUUGCUGCUGCCUCCACCGCCCACACUGUGGCUCCACACUCUGGUUUUGGCCCCAUGACUGCCCAAAUGAGUGAAGUGUGCGGUGAUUCUAAGAUCGACGGCACUCAUCUGCAUGUCAUACUGACUGACAGUAUUAUUUCUCUUCCCCAGCAGACUCCAAGGGCAUUUAAAUUAAGGGUACAGUGUUCUGCACUAAUAUAA